AGUGACAUUGGCCAGCUCUCUCAGCACUUGUGGGUACAUCUCGUCAGGACUGCAGACUUGUGUAUGUCUGCUUUGCUUAAGUAUUCCCUAACCUGAUCUUCUACCAAGGGAAGAUUUUCCUUUCUCCAGACUUUCCCCCAGGUCUCUAGGGUCUGAGAUCCCUGAGGGCUGGUCUUACUGGUAAAGAUUGAGGCAAAGGAGGCAUUCAGUACCUUAGCCUUUUCUGUGUCCUUUGUCACCAUGGCCCCUGCCCUGUUCAGCAGUGGGCUCGCAUUUCUCCUAGUCUUCCCUUUGCUACUAAUCUACGUAGCCCUUCUUGUUGUCCUUGACGUCUUUUGCCAGAUUAAACUUCAGAUGGGUGUUGGCCUUCCUAGUCCCAACCCUGCAUGCUUGGACAGCAUCCCUGUAUUCCUCCCAAGUUACCUGUCCUCGUUUCCACCUCCUGUACGCUUCCUUUUAAUGUCUUGUGCCAGUUUUGCCAGGAGUUCCUUGUUCAUCCAUGCAGGUCUCCUGUUACCUUUGCUCAACGUUCUCAUCACUGGGAUGGACUGUUCUUGAGCUUAGAGGAGGUGAUCCCUGAAAAUCAACCAGCUUUCUUGGACUGCCCUCCCUUCCCUCUAGGACCCAAUUUAUUAUCACUUAGGUUUCCUUAUAGCUUGAAAAAUUAGGGCUUUUACUCUUAAACCUCCAAGUUGGUUUUUUAGAAUGCAACAGUUUUCCCCAAACUUUGCCAUUUGGGGGCUUUUAGAAAUAAAAUCAGAAACCAAUUAACUUGAUCUAAAGCUUGCUUUUUUCCCCUCCCAUACAAUUAGUCAAUGUAGUACUGAUGAAGACUUGUGGAAUACAAAUAUUGUGGGGAAGUAAUUGUGGGUUGUUUUUUUUUUUUUCAGAUGCAAGUCCAUCAAGUCCUCUCUCAGGCAAAGUGGGAGGAGCAGUGAAGUUAUCCAUAUCAUACAGAAAUAGCACUCUAUUUAUCAUGGUAAUGCACAUCAAAGAUCUGGUUACAGAAGAUGGUGCUGAUCCAAAUCCCUAUGUAAAAACAUACUUACUUCCAGAUACGCACAAAACAUCCAAACGCAAAACUAAAAUCUCCCGAAAGACAAGAAAUCCAACUUUCAAUGAAAUGCUUGUGUACAGUGGCUACAGCAUGGAGACACUGAAACAGAGAGAACUUCAGUUAAGUGUGCUCAGUGCAGAAUCUUUACGUGAGAACUUUUUCUUGGGUGGAAUUACACUCUCACUAAAGGACUUCAACUUAAGCAAGGAGACUGUUAAUUGGUAUCAACUAACUGCUGUACCCUAUCUGUGAACUCAUUUCUACACCUGAGUAAGAACAAUUGUAUUCACCUGGGCUUUGUGCAUCUUCUUACUUGAAAAUAACUUGUACAUUUUAAAAUAAGAGACUGCAUUUCAACAGAUAUGUUGGACCAACCUUCAUGUAGCCCAACUUGGAGGAUUUCUAGAAAACCAUUGCUGGUUUACGCUUAUGCAAUGUUAUCAAAGCAUUAAUGUGAAUGUUUCUUAAUAGUUGCAGGUAAAGGAAGGGUUUUUAAACCAUCCAUGAAAGAGUCAAAUUAACAGUCUGACCAUGCUGGUUGGUUAAACCACCAUAACUUAAUCGCAAACUUAGGCCUGUGGAUAUAGUGGAUUUUUGCGUUAUAAUUUUUUUGUUCUCUGUGUUGUGUCAUCCAUGGCAUGAUGCCGGAGGACAUCAAAGAAAAUGUGUAUUUUUUAGGAUUACAUUCCCACUAUUAACUAGACAUCACAGAAGCAGCAAUGGGUAAAAUAUUGGUGGGUUUCAUACCCGUAGAAAUUGAAUUUGAAGGGCUGGAAAAAUUCCUUGGCAUUGCAUUUGAUCCCGGAUUUAUGCUUCUCUACGUUAUUGGAGUGAGUGCCAAUAAUGGAAGUUGUAAAUAAUGGUGCCUUAUAACUCAAAUGCUUCUCUUGUACCUCAUUUCUAGUAUUUAAAUAUGUAUAUGCUAACUGUUUCAGCCCCUUAGAAAGGGGAAACAUUCUCACGUUCAAUAACUUGCAGGUCCGACUGUAAGUCUUUUCCUGAGAAGUGUUUUAUUUCCAAAUAACAUCACUUAAACUGAUCUUCAUAAUUAGGGUAACUUAUGUGAAUUCCUUCUGCCCUAUCUUCUACCCAUGAUCUGCAAAAGUGUAUGAGGACUGGCUGAAUGUGUGCUGCUUUUUGAUGUUUUGAAACAAUAUUUUAAAAUCUUUAAAACUUCAAUACUGCAGUGAGUAAAUCUGGAAGAGAUUCGAACGCAGAAUCCACAGUGGUAUUGCACCUAAAUUAUUUGUUUGCACCUCCAGGUCAAUGAUGGUCUCCACUUAAAGUGCAACUGCUGAAUAAACUGCAGGUCAGGAAUGAGUUGCAUUAACAGAGCUUUGGGAGAGGAACUCGGUCACUUGUUUUUCUACACUUCCUGGUAACACUGUUUCUCAUUCAAGCAGCAUUAAGUUUGAAAUCUUUUGUGACAAAGGAGUAUAAAUGUUAACUACUCUUUCACAUUAAUAUCACUGGUUACCUAAGUGGGGGUUUCUGCACUACAAGGAUAGCCUUGUUAUUCAGCUUACUCAGUUUUUAGUAUGGGCAUGUUCUGUCUAGACAAAGCUGGAGUUAAAUUGCACACUUUUUUAGUGGUAGUGGUUUUUAGUGGAUCUGAAGCAUAUUUUGAGAAAGGGUGACAGACUAUCUGCACUAUCACUGGAAUUAAAGUAAAAUAUGGAGUGAUGAAUGAUGACACAGUACAGGCAAGUCUUUUAUUUGCCCAACACUAAAAAGCUUUUUCGUAAUCUGACUUCCUGGCCCUGCUACUGACAGAAGAGAAGUAAACUUGAAUCUCUUGGUGCCUAAAAUAUUCAUGGUCCAAUUUCUUAGGUAAGGUAUGAUUAUAAUUAAAAGGCUAAGAAUAUCUUGAAUGUUAGAAACUGGGUUGCUACUAAUAGGCACUAACACAAUCCAAAAUCCCAGUUCUAUGACCUAUCUUCUGCAUAUUUUUCAUUUAGUAUAUAGCAUGUAAAUAAUAUACUAUAUGACUAACUAGAUAGAUUUCCUGCUCACUUGAUGCUUUUGAGACUUAUUCCAUUCCAUCAUCAGAAUCACAAGUCACUUAAACACAGGAAAGUAGACUACUGUUUUUGUGAAACGUUCCAUUGUGAAAUAAAAUUAAAGCAAUA